AGUGUCGGGGAGGGAAAGAGGAAGGAAAGACACAUUCGAGGGAGAGUGAAGAGAGAGAGAGAGAGCCACCGCCGGGGAGAUGGGGAGAGGGCGGGGAGGGGCGAGGUGCGGCGGGGAGAGGGAGAGGGAUGAGUGUGCGAGUGAGUGGCAACCUUGAACUAUGAACUCCGGCCGCGUCGCGGCUUGAAGAGGACCCUGGAGGAGGCGAAGAAGAGGACCACGAUGGAGACGCAGGCAGACAGUGCCCUGACCAACGCCCUGACCCUCACCCAUCCCCGCAACACAGAGGCAGUACCCUCUUUCCCUCCCUCCCCUUCACCAUCUCUCCCUGCAGCAUAAAGAGGGAAGGCGGUGGCUGAGUGGUCACUGUGCCGGCGUGGUGUCCUGGAAGACGUGGGUUCGAGUCCCGCCCGCCGUUAAAAGCUUGCAAUUUUCAGUCAUCACCAAGUGUCAUAAGACUACCCACAUGUUCUGAAAAACCAUCUGUCAACGCGCACUCUAGAUAAACUCUCGGAAGAGGAUCAAAGUUUUAAGGGUGACUAAAGAGAAGAUGGCGCCACUAUAAACACUUGCCUGCGCCAUGAUGGGCUGGGGCCGACUACCAUCCAGGCCCCUCAAGAAAGCCUACUGGCGUUAUAGGCGUAUACGUCAAGAAAAAAAAACAAGUAUAUAUAAAGAGAGGAGUUGAAAUGCUUUGAAAAUGAUACAGCAAUACUUUGUGAAGGAGACAUAUUGGUGGAGUACGAGUUUAGGAGUGACUGAAAUGUCUAUAAAAAGAGGGAAAAUGAAAUGAAAUAAUACAACCAUGCCGAGUGAGGAGCAUAACACCGACAAAGAAAACGCCUUCACUCGAGACAGAAAAGAGAGGAUGUGAAGGUGAGAAACUGAGUGCUGAGAAAAAAAAGUUAAACGAAUAUUAUAGAAGAAAGUGAAAAAAUAACCGUAGAAACGAAUGUAGACGUGAGUGAGAAAAAUGACAUAAGAAAAAAGUUAAACGAAUAAUAAAAAAAAGUGAACAAAAGCAUAGAAACGAAUGUACCGUGAAUAAAAAAAACGAGUGAAAAGGGAAAAAAAAACCCGUUAAUCGAAAAAAAGGGGAAAAGAAGUGAAAAGUAACGAAUGCAGAAAAGUGAACGAAUAGAAAACAAUGAAACAAAGGAUGGCUGAACAAACAAACAAGCGAACAAACAAACAAAAACGACCAAAACAAACAAAAAAAGACCUGCAACAUCCUUCACUGUGAGGAGCAGGACUGACGGACGGAAGAGGAGGAGUCACCAACCAGAGAACACAGACCAGCUCAAGCUCAAGCGGCAGCCUUUCACGGAGCCUCCACGUUCUCGAAAACACACGGCUGCGUUUCCUCGUCGCUGAACUCAGGAUCCUUGACUCCAUCCCUUCUUCCUCUCAUCCCUCGUCUCUUCCCUUCCUAUUGAGGCACUCCCGCUACACGUUACAUGCCCCAGAUUCCUUCCCUUCUGAGUUAUUCCUCCUCGUGACAUUCCCGGAGAGUCUUUUUUAUCCUCAAAGUAGAAAAAAAUCAAUAUUCUUUUAAAACACCAAACAUUCCCAGAACAAUUCUUAUCCACAUAGUUUUAAAAAAUCAACAUUUUUUUCAAAUUAAACAUUCCCAAAACAAUUAUUUUCCCGGAAGCAAAAAAGAACUAAUCCUUUUACAAUUCAAACAUUCCCAAAGCGAUUUUCAUUCAUAAAGUAGAAAAAUCAUCAUUCUUUUAAAACUCAGACAUUCCCAGGACAUUUUUUUUUAUCCCUAAACUAGAGUAAUAAAUUUUUAAUCCCUAUAAAUUCCCAAAGCAAUUUUUGUCCUUAAAGUACACCAAUUUUUAUCCCUAAAGAGGAACAAUCCAUUAUUCUUUUACACAACAUAUAUUACCAGAGCAAUUUCCAAUCCCCGUACCCAACCAUCCUGAAGCACUGCUCAAAGGAAAGACUCGCUACGGAGAGAUUGAGAGAUCGGCGAGGAGGACCUUUUUCUGCGGGUCAACUUCCGUCCCUGCUUUGUGAGGUCAUAACCCCCCCUCGACGACCUGGUUCAUGAGGUCACGGGUGGGUUUCAACAGCCGGGCCGCCAGGAAAGAAUACGAGGACACGACAGCAAUCAUGAGUGAACAGGAACCGGCCGACGCCAUUGCCACCACCGCCACCACCGUCACCAUCACCACCAGCAGCGGAGGGGGUGUUAGUGGCGGGGGUGGGGGUGGGGGGCGAAUCUCCCCUCCAUCGCCCCCUCCACUCUCCGACCCUCGUGAACCCGAAUGCUCCCCCCCUAGGGCCCUCCCGCCAGCGCCGCCUCAACAUAUGGAGGAGAGCGCCGCCCCCCACGCCCCCGCCCCCCAGAGUGAACCAUGGCACCAACCCCAGCCCCGGGAACCCACCCCCCAGGACCACCCCAGCGGGCUCAAUCUCACCGUGAUGACGAGCGUCGCCGCCACGCCCGCGCCCGCCGACACGCCCGUGAGCGAGGUGGGCGUGGCGAGCAACGUGAUCAUCCGUGAGGACGUGAGCCUGUCCGCCCGCACGCCCGUCAAGCAGGAGGAGGAGGAGGAGCUCAAGCACGCCUACACCGCCGCCCACGCCCACGCCCACGCCUACACCCACGCCCUCCACGUCGCUAAGGCUGAGGUGAAGGGGGAGCUGGGUUCGGCGUCCCCCGGGCAGGGCACACACAUCCCCGCCACUGUCCACGAGAUUGAGCAGACCAGCUACUCCCCCUACACCGUGCAGAGCGUGGUGGUGUACGACCCCAACCACCCCGUCGAGCACGUCCACUCCCACACCGUCGACCCGCAUCCGCACGCCCACCUGAGCAGCGAGGGCGCCACCUACGCCACCCUGGAGAGCGCCCCCGCCAUCACCACCCUGGCCUCGCUGCCCUACUCCGACUCCUACCACUACUACUACAAACCCCAGGACAUGUACGUGAAGGACGAAGGAAGGCGAUCAGCGGCAGGAUAUGACUUCGUGCAGCCCUCCUACGCCACGCCCGCCGCCCACCCUCACGUCACCACCCACGCCCACCUGCAGAAGACCGACGCCACCAUGUGGGCAACCGCGUCGCCGGAGUACAGUCAGCUGGCGCCCGAGGUACUAGAGAGGUCCACGCCACUUUCUCACCACGCCUACAUGACCGCCGCGCCCGCCUGGAACACGCCCGCCGCCUACGACUCCAUCCUGCACACGGCGUCCGGGGAGACCUACAGGAGGAUCGAACCAGGCGACCCGGACAGCACGGAGAGCCGCGAGUGUGUGAACUGUGGCGCCAUGACCACCCCGCUGUGGCGCCGGGACUCGGGCGGCCACUACCUCUGCAACGCCUGCGGUCUCUAUAGCCGCGCCAACGGCAUCAACAGGCCGCACGUCAGGAGCCAGCGGCGCCCCAUCAGCCCGUACGCGGCCCCGUCCACGCCCCAGCCCCAGCGUCGCUCCGGGAUGACUUGCUCGAACUGCCAGACCACGAACACGACGCUAUGGCGGAGGAACAACAACGGGGAGCCGGUGUGCAACGCGUGCGGCCUCUACUACAAGCUGCACGGGGUCAACCGUCCUCUCACCAUGAAGAAAGAGGGCCCGAUACAGACUCGCAAGAGGAAGCCCAAGAGUUCCUCCUCCUCUUCCUCCUCCUCCUCUUCCUCUCACCACCACCAGCAGUCCUCCUCCAGCCGCUACGCCUCCUCCAUCCCCUCCUCCUCCACGUCAUCGAUGAAGCACCACCAGACUCCAGCCUACGUCUCCACCGUCAUCACCAACUACGCCGAUCACCACGUGGCUGACCAUUACGCCGGGGGAGCCACGGGGGGCUUGCAUGACCCGGGGGCGCACCUUCUCGCCGCCGGGGCCCACACUCUCCCUCACCACGCCGCCGCCGCCGCCCCCCAGCUGGUGACCUACCCCUCCCCCUCCUCCACCCCCCAACACAUCAUCCCUAACUCCCAGCACCUGUCACACCAAGUCAUGAAGCAGAUCCCGGUUCUUGAGCCCCUGGAGGACACCAACAUCAAGUACGAACACACCACUUAGAGGACCACAGGAGGCCGGCCAUCGAUCCUACACACACACACACACACACACACACACUCCACGGUCAAGCUAUAGGCCUUUACAUCCUCAAAUCCUGCAUUCGUGUUUUACAGUACACGGAUAUAUAGGAUUACGAUUCACAGGGUUUUGUUGCUUUUGUUGUUGUUAUUGUUGUCGUAAAUUUUGGUGGUGUUCGUGCAAGUCUGAUGAUUACAAGAGGUGGCAACAGUGCAUCUCGUGUGUGUGAAGAUGUGGCAACUGUGUGCGACCCAAAAAUAUUACCCAAACGUAAAUAUUCCCCGUCUUGUUUUCUUUGAGUUGAGAGCGAGGUAGACUAAUGCAAGCUUCAUCUUUAUCAUUAUUAUUAUUAUUAUUAUUAUUAUUAUUAUUAUUAUUAUUAUUAUUGUUAUUAUCUAGAGUUGACGUUAAUUUCUAGAACGGUGUGUUUGUACUAUAGUGUUUGUGUGUUUGUGUGUGCUGCUUAGAGUGUUACCGUCUCCUCUGCAACACAAAUUACCUUGAAACCUUGCAAUAUACUGUGUGUUGCGACGGGGAGAAAGUGUUGUGAAUAUGGGGAAGGAAUGGGGAAGGGAUGGGGAAGGGAUGGGAUAUAUAGGAAGGGGAAUGGGGAAAGGGAAGGAAGAAACGGGGAGAGAAGUAAUUUAAAAUGCGGAAAGGAUAGUUAAUGAAAGGAAAAGAAGGGGAGGAAGAGAGAGGAAGAGAGUGUGAAAGGGGAGGAAGAGAGAGGAAGAGAGUGUGAAAGGGGAGGAAGAGAGAGGAAGAGAGUGUGAGGUAUAGAAGAGAUGGAGAAUAAAGAAAUGGGAGGAAGAGGGGAAAAUAGGAAGAGAUUGCAUGAGAGGAUGAUGUAUGGAAGGGAUGGGAAAAAAAGGAUAAAGGGAAGGAGGGAAAGAGAAGGGAGGAGAUUAUUAUGUACGGAAAGGAUGGGGAAGGAAGGAAGGGGAGAGAGAGAGAAGGAGAGAAGGAAGGAAGGGAAGAGAAUGCAAUGUAUGAAAGGGAUGGGACAUGGAAGAAUGGAAAUGAGAGAGAGAAGGAGGGGAAGAGAAGGGGAGAAAGAGGAAGAGUGUGAUGUAUGGAAUGGAUGGGGAAAGAAGGAAGGGGAGAGAGAGAGAAGGAGAGAAGGGAGGAAGGGAAGAGAGUACGAUGUGUAAAAGGGAUGGGACAUGGAAGAAUGGAAAUGAGAGAGAGGGAGGGGAAGAGAAGGGGAGAGAGCGGAAGAGAGUGUAAUGUACGCAAUGGAUGGGGAAUAAAAUAAGGGAAGGAGGGGUAGGGACGGGGAGUGAAAGAAGGGAAGGGAACAGGGAAGGAGGGGAAGGGAGUCUUAUGAUAACAUUUACAUAUCAACAUUUCACUUUCUAUUCAACUUUUCUGUACAUUUAUAACUUUUUUUCUCUUAUACUCGUUUUUUCUCUAUCUCUGAAACUUGUAUAUACUUAAGAUUAUUAUAAGGUUGUCUAUAUAUACGUAAGUUGCAAUUCCAUAUGAGGUUGUGCUGUAUAGUCACUCAAUUCCGCAGUCUUAAGAAAAUAAUCGUAAUAAUUUUUCUUGUUUUUUUUAUAUUUAUUUUUUCGUAUGUGACACCUAGUCUUAGUAUUUUAAUUAGUUACCUGUUGUUACCUUAUACCGGUGAGGCAUUUGUUUUAGUGUGUGUGUGUGUGUGUGUGUGUGUGUGUGUGUGUGUGUGUGUGUGUGUGUGUGUGUGUGUGUGUGUCAGUAUUAAGAUGAAGCUGAAAGUAAUAAAGGGUAGACUAAAGUAAAAUUAUUAUGAGUGUUUUUUUUUGUUUUGUUUUUGUAUAUAAACACGAAGAAGAAUAUUAGUUUGUGUGAGUGUUUUGUUUGUUUCCUGUGUGUUUGUUUGUUUUAUUUGCUGUGUCUGGGUGGGUCACGAUUUUGUUUGUGUUUGAGUGUGUGUGUGUGUGUGUGUGUGUGUGUGUGUGUGUGUGUGUGUGUGUGUGUGUGUGUGUGUGUGUGUAAAA